UAAUUAAGCGUAUGAACGAAGUUUCAACACACAUCUAGAGUCUAGAGACAACAAUAAUCCUAAAGCUUGAGUUGAAUAGUCCCUCUAUGAAAAUCUUUAUGGGAGAAAACAAAUGGGACCAUUAAGUUUGGGGUUAGAAAGAAAAAGUAAAUCACACAUAUCAUGCGGGUAGCUUUACAGUUCAUUUGGAACAUAUUUAGUCCGGUACGACGAUACCAAACCAUAGCAACCAAUUCCAAUGGUCUUUGUUCAAACCAAAUUAAUCAAAGCUGCUCUGCUCUCUUCUCUUUCACCAAUCUCAAGAUUUCCCAUAUUGUUCUAUAUGUAAUAAGAGCUUAUAAGACAAUUAACCACACCCUUUAAUUAAUCAUCAUCUUCUUCCUUGAACUUCAUCCAUUCAACUAGCAAAACAAACUACAGGAUUUCAGCUGCUAUAAUGAACAUAGACAAGAAACAGUCUUUCUUGAGUGAGGAGGAAGAAGUAUUGCAGAUUGGUAAAGCAGAAUCUGUAAUAUCAAUCCCUCAGGGCCAGAGUUCCUCUGGAGGAAAAACAGGAGAAAUAACACAAGCUACAAGUGGAAAGAAACCAGACAUUUCUCUGGAAAUACCUCCAAAAUAUAAUCAGCCAUAUGAAGGUAGUGAGCAAAUUAGGAUGCGUUUGACGCCUACCCAAACUGGAAAGAAAGUUAAUUUCCAUUUGAAUUCGAAUCCUUCUUCUGAUAAGAAGGUACAUGGAUCUCCAGGCCUGUUACCUCCAAGGGUCAGCAAAUCAUCUUCAUCAUCCAAACGGAACUUACUGCCCAAACUCAACUUCAUGUCCAAUAAUAGUGGCUCUAAUCACUUGGAAAUGGAGAAACCAAGCCCAGACAAUGAAUCGGGUCAAGAAGAGAAUAAGGUAUCAAUUUCGAGAUCUUGGUCUCUGUCGAAAAUGUUUGCGCCGGGAAUAAGGAGGACAUCUUCUUUACCCAUUUCUAAGAAUGGGAAAUUGAUGUCCGGUGGGGGAGGUGCCGUGAUGGGUGGUAAUAGUCAUUGUGUGGCGGCGGCGGCGGCGGCCAUUAGUGCUUCUCCGACUUCAUCGAAAGGAACACAGCAAGUCCAUAUCCACCGUUCAAUUUCUCUCCCGGUGGUGAAUAAAGAAGGGAGCAACCGCAAAGUGGAAGCUUUCUUCCGGGUCAUUCCAUCAACGCCUUGUUUGAAGGAAGCAGAUUCCAUUGCUUCAUCCACUAUUCCGGCGGGAGAUUCUGCAGAAGCGAAUGAGGAUGGCGGUGAGGACAUAGCUGAAGAAGAGGCGGUUUGCCGAAUCUGCUUAGUCGAAUUGUGCGAAGGGGGCGAGACGCUGAAGAUGGAAUGCAGCUGCAAAGGUGAAAUGGCACUUGCUCACAAAGAAUGCGCCAUUACAUGGUUCAGUAUCAAAGGAAACAAAACGUGUGAUGUCUGCAAACAGGACGUCCGCAAUCUCCCUGUCACUCUACUCCGUAUUCAAAGCAUUAGAAACCCAAUUUCUGUUGCAACUAUGCUCACUGAAAUGGAAAUAAAUGGACACAGGGUCUCACAAGAAGUGCCCAUUCUUGUCAUAGUAAACAUGCUUGCAUACUUUUGUUUUCUUGAACAGCUGCUGGUUGGAAAGAUGGGUACUGGGGCAAUUGCUAUAUCACUGCCCUUCUCUUGUGUACUUGGCCUCCUUGGGUCUAUGACAUCUUCCACAAUGGUAUUGAAAAGAUUUGUAUGGGUGUACGCAUCAGUCCAAUUUGCAUUUGUGGUGCUAUUUGCACACAUUUUCUAUUCUCUGGUUCAUGUGCAAGCAGUUCUUUCGAUUCUUCUCUCAAUAUUUGCAGGCUUUGGUGUGGUAAUGGGUGGAAGUUCCAUUCUUGUCGAGUAUUUCAGAUGGUUAAGAAGGCAUCGUACUUUGCCUCCUCCAGGCCGGUGGGCGUAAAUGUUUGGUCUCGCCGUUAAUAGAUUUAUUGCUUUGAUGUAUAAGUGGUGUGCGAAAUAUAUACGGAGCGCGCAACAUGUUCACUAUGGAGCAUGUACGUUGGCAUAUAAAUGACCCGGAUGCUCUCACAUUUUUAGAUGAGUGAAUCUUGACCAUGUAUCAUGUCAAUGUGCUCUGUAGUGAGCACGUUGGCGACUUGGUAUGCUCUAUAUAUUUAGUCGAGUGGUGUGCAUUAUACAAAAGCGUAAAUAUCAAUUUUGGUCAAACGACUUUGGUGCAUGUAUAGGCUCCUGACCCUAUACCUUUUGGUCUUUCGUCCACACUUCCUGACUUCCCCAACGAAAAUCAACAUGAAUGAUUAUGAGAUGUAUGCUCUCAAGCUAGGACAUCUAUAAAUAAUACAUUUCAACGAUACAAUUUAGGAAAUUUUUGUCACAUGUCAUCUUCUCAAGCAAUGGUUCUAAUUCUCUACUUAAUUGAUUCUAAUUCUCUUCCGAAUUAGAGCAACCGCAAUGCUUCUUCUGUCUAGUGAAGGUAAACUAUGCCAUUUGUCAAACAAGUAUAAGACUUUCUAGGCAUAGUGGAGUGACUAGGCAUUCAAUUAAAAAUGGAGCCUCCAAUGCUUAUAGUCUCAAACCCUAAUUUUUUACCUUGUAUAUUACCCGUAGUAUUACUUCCUCCACCGAUUGUCAUAUAAAAUUCAACUUUUCUCCCUAAAUUACCGAUCAGAUCUGCUCGUCUUCCAUAUAUACUUCGUUUCUUUUCUCUGUUUUUUCAUUUGUCCGUCUCUUUCUAUAGCUCUCUCCUCCUUCCCCUGUUUGUGUCAUCGCGUGGAGAGGAGAGGACACUUAAUUUUCUUCCUCUGUGAUUUCUAUUUCUUCUUCCCUAUUAUAAUUGCGAAGUAUUUUUUUAUUCUCUGACCGAAGUUGCAGCUUGUGGUGCAUGUUUUGAUAGGAGUUGGACGCCGAUCCUUUGACUGUGCAAGCCCCUCGAGAUUCCGGCAGUUUGUUUUUCGCGGUGAUAUGUACACAUCAGCGAGUGAAAUUGGCUUUCCACAGGCACAUUACUCGUAAAACAUGCGUGGUGUACACAAAAUAUGUACACUUUUUUUGUACACUUGUAUGUCCUGCAGACAAGUUGUCUGUCCACCAAUAUUGAUGGUGUUUACCUUUUUUUGCCAACUCACCAUAACCGAAUACGAGACUACAUGCAUUGGAAGCAAAAUACAAUACACAAUGUCUUAAUUGCUGGCA